AUGUGCAGCUUGGUGAUAGUUUGGUUCCGAAAGGUGUUAAUACUUGGAUAUGGAUGCCAACAGUACAUCUGGGGGCCUGAUGCAGAAAAGUUCAACCCUGAGAGGCUUGCUAAUGGAAUUUCUGGGGCCUGCAGGUCUCCCAAAGCCUACAUCCCAUUUGGUGUUGGACAAAGAAUUUGCCCUGGCCAAAGCUUAGCCAUUGCAGAAAUGAAGAUCAUGUAUGCUUUGAUUCUAUCCAACUUCUCUCUCUCCCUCUCUCCCAAUCAUCGCCACCCCCCUCGCUUGAACUUGCAGCUAGAGCCUGAAAAUGGAGUGGAUCUCAUCAUUCCAUCCGAAGAUAUGAGGGAACCAAAAUUACUUGUGCAUUGUGCAUAA